AUGGUAAAAAGAAGAAAAAGACCUCCAUUACUCCGUCAUAGUGACAAACAAUCUUCUUGCACUAGCAAUAAGCGCCUCAAAACGCAAGAAAGCUGCUCCGAGAACAAUCCCGACUUCCAAAGUAAUUUGUAUGGUCGUGAGAAGGAAGUUGCCACUUUGUCAGAGCUUCUUCAUGAUGCCAUUUCUAACCAUUCCCCCGCUUCAAUUUUCGUUUCUGGUCCACCUGGCACAGGCAAAACUUUAGCUGUUAAGCUUAUUUUACGGAAUAUGACCUCACUACACGAGUAA